CUCCGACGAAGAAGAAAUCGAAGUCAAGAACCGAGAAAUAUCACUAAAGAAUCUUCUUUCUUGCGAUCAAAGUAAACGAAAAUGUCAUUCUCAGACGAUCCUACAUCUCCGACGGAGAAGAAUCGAGCUCGUACGAGUCAAGAACCACGAGAGCGCCCUCAAGAUUUGUCUUUCUUGUCGUCCAAGGAAACAGGGAAGAGCCAAGAACCGAAUGAAACGUCUCGCUCCUCUGUUUUUCCGAUGAACAGAGACAAAGAAGCCUUAAAGAAUCGACAUGGCCCGGUCUCGAAAAACCAAAAUUACGACUUCGAAAGUAAUAACAUCACCAUCAACACUAAAAACCUGCUACAUCCUUUCGUUGUCGUAGGAGGUGAAGGAUAUGGCACAAACAAUCCUGACUCUUUUGGAGACCAGCCUAACUUUCUUCUUGGUUCUGGAGGGAAUAUUGCAUCAAUGAGCUCACAAAGAGAUGACCUUAGACCUGAAAAGCAACAAAAGAUGUCUAAUGUGUCAAACAGUUCCAUAAGUGGUGGUGUUGGGAUGUAUUCAAAAACCGUAGACUCUCAGCAGGGUGAAGAACAUGGCACAAACAAUUCUGACACUUUGGGAGACUCAAGUAACAUUUCUCUUGGUUGUUUUGGGAGCAUUGAAUCCAUAUUGAAGGCAACAAGAGAUGGAAAAGAGGUUCCGACGAUGCCUACCCCUAGACCUGUCAACAACGCACCUCAAUGGACCAUCAAGAAGAGAUUGACCAAGAAAGAUGUUAACCCUUAUGGCCAACUUAGUCUGCCCAGUAGCUCCUUCGAUCAGCACAUUCGAAGACAUCUGCCUGAAGAAGAUUUGGCAAAGAUAGUAGGAGCCGGACUCAUUGUUAACGUAUUUGACAACGACACGGGCACAAUACAUAAGCUGCGUCUGGCAGUAUACUAUACCUAUGUUCUAACGGGUGGCUGGCUGGAAGAUUUCAUCCAAAGGAGAAGCUUGAAAGAAAAAGACGAUAUAGGACUCUUAUGGGACUCUUCUGCUUCUAGGCUUCAAUUUGGCGUGAUUGCUCGUGCAAAGGCAAUGGUUCCUCGAAAGAGAACAAGGUCUGCAUAAUGUGAUCUCAAUUACAAACGCAUAAAAGCAGCUGAGAGAGGUAGUGUUUGUUCUUUAUAUUUUGUCAAACAGCGAUUGAUAUGGCUUAUAUGAUUAGGUUUUUUCUGCAGCCAACUACUGGAGAAUCUGAUGCGUUGUACACAAACAAUAUAUGAUUUAUCAGAUC